UUUGAAUGGAAAAUAGUUGGUUUUCUCUUUAAGUACAUAAAUCGCCAAUUAACCCUGAUCGUCACUCUAAUGCUCUAUGGCUUAGUAACAGCAUUAUUGCCAAUUAGUCCCGAUUUUCCAGUUAUGUAUUUAUUUGGAUUCAUUAGUGGAAUCGGUUCAGGAGUUUUAGAUAUCGUACAGACAGUCUGGUUGAUUGAAAUGUGGGAUGAGAGCGGAUCGGUAUUACAGCUGUCGGAGUUUGCCUACGGGAUUGGCAUUACAAUUGGACCUCUCAUUAUUGAGCCAUUCCUUGCCGGAGAUGACGACUGUUUGGACAAUACAAUCCCCAUGAAUGAGACGGUGAAUUACAGUGAAAAGCUGAUGCCUGCCUUUGCCAUUAGCGGUGCACUGCAGAUAUUGGCCGCCAUUCUACUAUUAAUCAUGUAUUUGUUCCGCAAAUACAUUCCUACCGAUGGAGAAGAAAGGGAUUUGAUUGAGAAAGAGAUCGAAGAAGUACUGAAACCUAUGGAAAAAAAGUUUCAGCGAAGAUAUACCGUAUCGAUAGUGGAAGAGCGUGACACUGAUUCUGGUGUGGGAUCUAUCGGUGGCCCCAAACUAAGCCGAGAGCCCCGGUAUUCAAUUCAUGUGAUCGGUCAUCGCACUGAUGCACUCAAUUCGAGGCGCGACAGCAAUAGGUUUCAUACUCUUCCCAAACGCAAGAACUACUCGAGCUUUCAGGUGAACGAUAAAGAGUGGACACAACCGGUCCACUCAAGAAUGCCGGAGCGGCUUAUGAUUGCUUUCGGGGCCAUAUGUUUCGCUACCAUAUUGGUGGCCGAAACUGCAUUUCUCGACUAUUCGCCAACAUUUUUCCGAUACUACUCCGACGUUAAAGGCAACGAAUCGGCCAUUUUGUUAUCUGUGGCGACGGCCGCCUACACCCUCACCCGUCUCCUCGGUAUAUAUGUGGCGAUGCGGGUAAAGCCCGAACACAUCCUAUCCCUGCAUUACGUCAUAGUGUUGUGCUCUCUCGUCGUCCUCUGGUUCUCAGACGACAGCGUUAUAGUCAUGUGGAUCGGGAACGUCCUCUUCGGGAUCGCCACGUUCUGGUCGGCCACCUUCUCGUACAUCGAGACAUAUUUUGAGAUAACCGACAGAAUCGGCACAAUCUAUGUCUCACUAUUGGGUUUACUAGAGAUUGUCACCCAAUUCAUUGAGGGACCCUUUCUCGAGGAUAACCCCGAAGUGUUGUUGUACUACUUGGGCGGCGCCACCGCUAUUAGCGCCGCAGCAUUCGUGUUGAUCCGGGUAAUCGUAUUCAAGACUCAUCUCAAACCUAAUAUCGAUAGCAGUAGUGAUAGGAAAUCGAUAUCAACAAUAAGUCAUAAUAAUAGUAUUGUAUUUGAUGAGCCAAAUGUAACCAAAAUUUAA